AUGCCAUUAAAUCUUGAUCGGAAUGGUACGGAUACUGCAAAGAUUGCUAGCUGGCCAUUGGCUCCACCACCACAUCUUCUCGGUCAACUCCCAUCUUCUUCCUCAGCUGCAAUGUCACCAACAACCGUAACGACUUGCACUUCUUUACCUUCAGAGAUUGCAUCGGUACAUGGAAAAGCGUUCUCAUCAAAGAGACUCAAUUGGACGCGUCGACUUGUCAUCACUAAACAGCCUGCAUCCGAGUUUUACAAAGAUGAAGGAGGCAAAGCAAAUGCACUCGAAGUUGAAGUAACGCUUGUCGAGUUUAACGAGCUCGGAGAACCUGCUCGAUCGUGCGACAAAGAGUUCAUUGACAUACCAUUACGCAUCCUGCUUUUCUUUGAAUCUGGAAAGCGAGUUGAUGAUACGGACCAGGAAAUUUUCCGCUUCGUGGGCAAUGACUACGACUCCGUAGUCAUUCGGGCCUCCACGCGCAAGGCCUCGGUGCAGUUUCGUCUCGAAAAAGUAAGCAGACGUAAAGACGGUCAAAGAUUUAAGCUACGAAUUGAAGUCGAUCAAGAGCAAUGCACCGCCAACGUUGCCGAUCUCACUCCAGUUUUCACAAAUGCAAUCUGCGUGCUAUCGAAGCGGAAACAUCCUAGUUUGUACAGCUCGGAAUCGUCAAUCCGCGUCAAAGAACCCUCUCCAAAGUUGUUGAAACGUGAUUUGGCUGGACUAGAAGAACGGUUGGCCAGAAAGAUCGAUGGACUCACAGCACAUGUUCACCAGUUGAGUCAACUCAUCCAGAAGCAGAAUGAGCUCAUCGUUAAACACCAAGCACCUUCGGUUCCUGCAGGAACGCAUUGCAGUUCAAAUGAGAGUUCAAUUCUUGAAUGGCUGCUUCGGUCUAACACUGCCGACGAUGGUCCUUGGCCCAAACAAGUCAUGGAUCAGCAAAUCUUUCCUAACGUUAUGCCCUACUUUGAAGUCACCGACGAGCCGUACUGCGGCGUUGACCCAGAUCUCACACCUGCGUUCGUUGCUCCCCCGAAAACAGCUACAAAAACUACAACGUCAUCGAAUGCGCGUACCAGCGAGACAACAACACCUUCGCUACCAUUUGGCGAUAUCUAA